UCAUGAACAUGGACAAAUGGGUGCAACUGAAUAAUCAGGCCGCUGGCAGAGAUAAAAUAGCACGAUUGAUACAAUAUGCAUCGCGUGCCCUUUGGGAUUCUCUGGAGGCUGCCGAUAAAAGUCCAGCCAUGGUGGAAGAUUUCAAAUCUUUGGAAUACAUACUGAGUACUUUCCGGAAAUUGCUACGCUUUGGCAAAUGCCUGGAUGUCUUCUAUGCCAGUUUGCGAACCAUCCACUAUCCCGAUUUGGCCAUACGUGUUACCUUGACAGCCGGUAAACUAUCACAGGCCCUGUUUUUGUUUGCCGAUCAUUUCCUAUGGCUGGGCCGUACCGGUUUCUUUAAGAGUAUCGAUGCCAAGAAAUGGGGCAAAUAUGCCAAUAAAUAUUGGCUGUUGGCGAUUAUUAUGAAUUUAUGUAGAGAUUUUUAUGAAAUCGUACGUCUGUUGGAUUUGCAUAAGGCCUCUGUGCGUAGUGGCAUUUCACGCAGUAUUCCGUGCACAAUUAGAUCCAGGAAAGAUCUAAGCCGUUUAGCAUUGCAGUCGUACGCAUUGGUUUUGGGCCAUAAAGAUGUCUUUGUGGACACUGUGAAGAAUGUCUGUGAUUUCUUUAUACCGCUGACAGCAUUGGGUUAUACGAAGUUGACACCUCGCACAAUUGGUGUGCUUGGUGCGAUAUCAUCGCUGGCUGGGUUAAUUGCAAUGAUUGAACCGACAGCUAAGUUGACACCGGCUUAA